AAUAAAAUAUAAUUAGCGAUGGACCCCGCGACAAUAUUCAAGAUAAUAACAAACAGCACCUGGAUUGUGACGCAGCUCAUGAGCGGCCAGUCGGUUCAGUUCAGCCAGAAGAAUUACGUAGUCCAGGUCUCUGAGGCGGCCGCCCCGGGCACCAUACUUCUACUACAGGCAGUUUCUCCCCAUGAGGAGGCGGCCGUGCUCUACAAGCUUGCGAGCGAAAGCGCUUCCCCUCUUUUUCGAGUGGACGCUCAGUCAGGCGCCCUACAGUUGCUUGGUCCCCUCGACUUCGAGUACCAAACUCAGCACAACCUGACGGUGAUAGCAACGAGCAAGGAUGGCAGGAUCGGCAGCAACGAAGCUCACGUGACAGUCGAGGUGCUCGACGCCAACGAUCACUCGCCAGUCUUCGCCGUCCAGCGACAUGAGGCGCAAAUAACUGAAGAAGAUAACCACAACUUGCCCAGGCCGGUAUUUACGGUUACAGCUACUGAUGGAGACAAGGGAGAGUGGGGAGUGCUGCGGUAUUCUAUUUCUGGGGACGGCACCGCAGCUUCUGAUAACCUCCCAAGCUCCGAUCAUUUCCCAGGCAUGAAGAUCUCAGCUGCAUUCUCCUCGAUCGAAUAUGGCCCCAAGCGACGAGGAAAAACGCACCGUGAUCGAGCCGGACAGCAUAAACCGAAUACCGAGCGCAGAGUUGCGACUUUGUUUAUGGAGAACGAAGGACAUUACCGGUCGCCACCUCUCCUAGAUCCAGGAGGUGUAGCAGUGAAUGGCGCUAAUGCAUCCAUAGCGAGUAAUCAAAUAGAUCUACAUAGCGAUAAACUGACUGUAAAUAGCGACUCAAGUGCAAUAAACAGAACGAAUAUAGCUGGAAAGGUCCGGUUUUCUACUGAUAAUAUCCCAGAAUCAGGCUUACACAAUUCUAAUAGAGUUGUAGAAGGCCUUUCUAAAACAUUACAUAACACAGUCCCAAGUGAAGGCAAUCAUAACUUUUCUUCUUUAGAUCCAGAUUUACUUUCGGAAAAUGAACAUUUUCAUUACGCUCAUUCAUCGGAGAAGAGAAAAGAAGCUGCCUUCACAAUUGAUCCGGUCACAGGCACCAUAAAAGUCAUGCAGCCCCUAGAUCGCGACCCACCUCACGGGCGUGCAACGUGGCGCUUAGUGGUGACCGCGUCAGACGGGGAGCUGCAAGCCGACACCGAAGUUGUGGUCAACCUCAAAGACAUUAACGACAACGCACCCGUGUUCCUUACUGCACGUGUCGAGGCUACGGUUAUUGAGAACUCUCCUAGCGGCACGCCUGUAGUCACGAUAACAGCCGAAGACUUCGACGACAAGAACGAAGGGUCCAAUUCUAAGCUGAUUUACUCGUUGCAAAAGAAUGCUGUGGACGAAGAAACUGGCCUGGCAAUUUUCACCGUCAAUGCUUCGACAGGCAGUAUCAGCACAGCCAUGUGUUGUCUGGACAGAGAACGUGCGAGUCAUUACAGCCUAACUGUUGCUGCUACAGAUGGAGGUGGAUUGCAAGGCUCCUGUGAAGUUUUGGUGUUGGUGGCGGAUGAGAACGACGUUCCUCCGCGGUGGGGGCGAGCGGAGUGGACAGUCGAGGUUACCGAGGGCGCGCCCCUCGACCAGGUUCUCGCUACCCUCACUGUUAAGGACCCCGACACCCGCAACAGUUUGGCCUACAGGGUAGCUCCUGAUAGUGGAAGAGGCUGGCAGAUGGUGAAAAUAGAAGGGCGAAUAGCUGGUGAUGGUGCUGAGCUCAGGAGUCUGGUCCCUCUUGAUUAUGAAAACCCUGACCUAAAGGACGGCUUGAGAUUCCAAGUUCAGGUCACUGAUCAGGGAACGGAUGCAUGGGAGAACAAGUACAGGGUGGGCGAAGCGACCGUCAUAGUGCGCAUAUUAGACGUUAACGACAACGCUCCAUCAUUCGAAAAUGUUCAGCAAAGCGUGCGGGUCAGCGAAGACGCGCCACUUGGAACGGUGGUGGCAAAAGUGCCUGCCUUCGAUGUGGACGAAAACAGGAAUGGCUUGGUUCGCUACAGCCUCGCUGGUAGGAGAGGAUCAAGUACUUACUUCGGCAUCGACCACACAGGGACGAUCAGGACCAUCGGCAUAGUGGACAGAGAGGCCAUCAGCAAGCACAGCCUAGUGGUUCAUGCCACUGACCACGGAGUGCCGCCACGACAGUCGUCCGCUACUGUAACU